AUGCGCAAAUCCUUUGUCGUUCUUCUCUUCGCCGCCUCGGCGCUGGCUUCUCCACAGCCACAGCAGACUGCCACUGUCGAGUCCAGUGGUAGUAGUGUGACCAAUCCCGAUGGCGACGCUGCUGCUUCCGCUGCUGCUGCCGCUGCUGCCUCCGAGCUGGCAGCGAUCCCCAGCUCCAUUCUGACGGUCAUGGAGACGGCUAUCCCUGCCUCGUGGGAGGACGAAAUUCUCACGGAUCCUUCAUUCCGUUCUUCCGUUGUGAGCGCGGCUGCUGCUGGAACUUACCCAGCUUGGUUCAAUGAACUGCCCAACAGCGUCAAAGCCUGGGCCUCCUCGAAUUUCGAUGGACAGGUUGUGGGGGUUGCUACUACCACACAAGAUGUUGCUUCCGAGACAGCUUCUACCGCCUCAAUGACGGCCACUUCAGAUGCCCCAUCGGUUACCAAUGCGGCCCAAAACACUUCAUCCGGCUCCUCUUCUGUUGCGUCCUCUAGCUCCGGCUCCGCGUCCGCUUCUUCUGCUUCGCCUGCGAAGUCGACUGGUGGUGCCCCCGCGCCUUCUAGUGGUGUUGCAUUGGGCAUUGCCGGUGCAGCUGGUGCUUUUGUUCUUGCUCUCGCCCUGUAA